GUUGGUGAAAAGUUGUGAGCCGAGCCCGAGCAAGUGCGGGGCGCCGAGUUGCGGAGGUGCUGGAGGCCAGAGACGUCUCACGGGGACCCUGUCCCCACCGUGGACGAGCGUCCCCGCUCGGUGGCCGCGGGGAGCCGAGCCGCGGGCACGUCCCCUCCCUGCCCCGAAGCAGGAACUUGAGCGCCCGGGUCCCGGCGGCUGCAGCGCUUCUCCCGCCCCGCGCGGGGUGACUCUGAGCGGCCGCGUCUGCGCCCGCGCCCCGCAGGCUCCGCAUGGCCUUGAGGUGGACCUGGGCCGGCAAGAGCUGCCUGCUGCUGGCGCUGUGCACGGCGGCCUACCUCCUGCUGGACUUGUCCGUCUCCACCCUGCGGGCCGCCUCGACCCGAGCGCACCCCGGCGGCGGUGCGGAGCGCAGGCUGCGAGCGCCCGCCGAGCCGGGCAGCCGGGCGUGGGACCCGUCGCGGCCGCUCUAUGAGAAACCCCCGGCCGACCCGGGCGCCCUGGGCGAGUGGGGGCGAGCCAGCAAGCUGCAGCUGGGCCCCGAGGAGGAGAAGCAGCAGCAGGCGCUCCUGGAGCGCUAUGCCAUCAACAUCUACCUGAGCGACCGCAUCUCCCUGCACCGCCACAUCGAGGACCGGAGGAUGGCCGAGUGCCGAGUGAAGACGUUCGACUACGCGCGGCUGCCCACCACCUCGGUGAUCAUCGCCUUCUACAACGAGGCCUGGUCCACGCUGCUGCGCACCAUCCACAGCGUCCUGGAGACGUCGCCCGCCGUCUUGCUCAAGGAGGUCAUCCUGGUGGACGACCUGAGCGACCGCAUCUACCUCAAGGACCGGCUGGAGACCUACGUGAGCCGCCUGGAGCGCGUGCGCUUGAUCCGCACCAAGCAGCGUGAGGGGCUGGUGCGGGCCCGCCUGAUCGGAGCCACCUUCGCCACCGGGGACGUGCUGACCUUCCUGGACUGCCACUGCGAGUGCAGCACGGGCUGGCUGGAGCCGCUGCUGCAGCGCAUCGGCGAGGACGAGACGGCCGUGGUGUGCCCGGUGAUCGACACCAUCGACUGGAACACGUUUGAGUACUACAUGCAGACGGGCGAGCCCAUGAUCGGCGGUUUCGACUGGCGCCUGACGUUCCAGUGGCGCUCGGUGCCCCGGCGCGAGCAGCUGCGGCGCCGCUCGAGGACCGAUCCCAUCCGCUCGCCCACCAUGGCGGGGGGCCUGUUCGCCGUCAGCAAGAAGUACUUCCACCACCUGGGCACCUACGACACGGGCAUGGAGGUGUGGGGCGGCGAGAACCUGGAGCUGUCAUUCCGCGUGUGGCAGUGCGGCGGGCAGCUGGAGAUCCACCCCUGCUCGCACGUGGGCCACGUGUUCCCGCGGCGGGCGCCCUACGCGCGCCCCCACUUCCUGCAGAACACGGCGCGCGUCGCCGAGGUGUGGAUGGAUGACUACAAGGAGCAUUUCUACAACCGCAACCCGCCCGCCCGCCGCGAGGCCUACGGCGACAUCUCGCAGCGCCAGGAGCUCCGCCGUGCGCUCCAGUGCCAGAGCUUCGAGUGGUACCUGCGGAACAUCGUCUCCGAGCUGCACGUGCCCGAGGACCGGCCCGGCUGGCACGGGGCCGUGCGGAGCGUUGGCAUCGCCUCCGAGUGUCUCGACUAUAACGCGCCCAGCCAUAACCCCACUGGGGCCAACCUCUCCCUCUUCGGCUGCCACGGUCAGGGAGGCAACCAGUUCUUCGAGUACACGUCCAAGCAAGAGAUCCGCUUUAAUUCCGUGACGGAGCUCUGCGCCGAGGUGCAGGGGGCCCGUACGACGGUGGGGAUGCAGAACUGUCCCCAGGACGGCGCCCCAGUCCCCGAGCCCAUGAUCUGGCACUUCAGGGCCGAUGGCACCGUUUUCCACCCGCGUUCGGGGCUGUGCCUGAGCGCGUUUCGGACACCGCAGGGCCACGCCGACGUGCAGCUGCGGACGUGUGACUCGGGAGAUAGAAACCAGAUGUGGAAGUUUGAGAAAUAAGAAAGGCACAGCCCGUGCUUGGGAUCUGCAGCCCGACACUGGCUGCAAGGAAGGCCACGGCGCCUUCAGAGAGCCUCGGUGCUGAUGCGAUUCCUGGUUGUCGGUGGGAUAAAAUCUCGGUGAAGUCUGGUUGGUCUGGGCUUCGAACUGCCGGCACUGGGUGCACACAACUGCUGUUGCUCACUUCCAAGUGCCUUACAGCUUACUUAGAAAGGUUGAUCCUUUUCCUUUUUAGAAAUUCGACUGUGAAUUGAGAUACGCAAUACAUUUAAGUGCCAGAUUUAAUAUUAUUAAGGAAUGUAAUAGUCCAAACAGCAUGAGGGGUGAUUGGUGGUUGGUGGGUAAGUUUCCUGCACAUGCUUUUUUUUUUUUUCUUUUUCUUUUUUGGGGCUUAUACCUGGCAGUGCUAGGAUGGAAAGGGAUGGUGGUACCCAGCCGUGCUGGGGGACCGUGCUGUGCUUGGGAUCAAAUCCAGGGCUCCAGCUUAUAAAGCCUGUGCUUCCGUCUCCUGAGCUAUCUCCUGGCCCUACAUCUCUUUCUGUGCAGCUGGGGGCUACCAAGCAAUGCCCAGGGUCCAGGGAGGCCACUCCCCCUUGUGGUGGAUGGUUCAGUUCAGGACCCAAGGAUGCCAUGUUUGCUUGGGCCUUCAGUGCCAGAAGCUCCAGAGUCACCCUGGAGGUUUUCAGGGGCCUCAAAGAUUGCACCCAGUGCUGUGGAAGUGGGCCAGGCUGGUAUCAGGUGCAUGCAGAGCUUGUGUACACUCACCCUUCCUGUGUGGUUGGUUUCUUUGCCCCCACUGCACCCAGCCCCCUUUUAAAACAAGAUUCAUCAGUGUGUGGCUUAGCUAAUAUUAUUAUUAUUGUGCACAGAAUUUGAAUUUCUUUGUUCCAGUGCAGGGCAUUUUAGGUUUUGUUAAUUUUUUUUUUUAAUAAUUCUGAUUUUUCUCUAAUCAGUUGGAAAUCCAAAAGAGUUGCUCUUCAGGAAAAAGGCCUAGUUCAGCUCUAUGUCCCUUUGAAGGGGCAUUGGUUGGAAUAUGAGCAUGGAGCUCUUUUUGGCUUAAGUAUAAAGGAGACAUCUCUGAAAAAUAUACCCACAUCUGACUGGGAGGGGUAGACGUUGAUAUUCUAGACUCUGUAAGCUUGCGCUAUUGGACUUAAUCUUUUUUGAUACCUCAGAUUGCUUUGAUUUUGUAGCCUGCCCUCUCUGUGAACUUGUUUGUGUGUGUUGGGCAUUUCCUGAUCGCAUUUCCUUUAGUUGUGUUUGACCUGGAGAGUUUCAUUUGAAGUACCACAGUACCACACUUGCCUUUGCUAAUGCUUAAUCGCUUCGGGUCAACGCAGUGGAGGCCUUGCUGAAGUUAGACCCUCCUGUGGUUACUGGGAGGUGUAAAAUGGAAAAGGGGCCUGGUUUUACAGAGGCUGCAGUGUCAUUCUAGGGAAUUCUUGGUGCUUAGGGUUCUUGUUGAUUAGGACAUCAGGAGUAGAAUCUCAAGAAGAUGGCCUUGGCAGGGCUGAAUGCUGCUUUUCCUGUUGGAUUUUAGCAUUUUGCACUUGAUGGCUUUCAGCAGGUGGGAGAAUGAUUGCCCCCAAAGGCUCAGUUCAGGAUGAGCCAAGUUACUUAAUCUAUGAUUUCUUGGGCCUCCGGGUUCUGUCUGUGAACUGUGGGUGCUGGUUUAGAACCCGAGGCACCAUCAAGCUCCUGAGGUUUUGUAGCUGACUGGGCAGUCUUUAUAUAGCUUUCAUUUACAUGCUCCCACCCUCCGUGAGGUCAUCAUUAACCUGAUUUUAAUUGGAUGAUUUGUUUGUUUUAACUGAAAAUGUUUAUGCUCUUAAAAGAUUUUAAAAAAAUUCUUUCAAGACAAAGAUGAUUACAAUAAAUAAGCACUUGAACAUUAAUUAGAAAGAAUAUGAGCGCACCUGUGUUCAUCGCUGCACUUAGUACAAUAGCCAAUAUAUAGAAACAACCUAAAUGCCCAACUACAGAUGAAUAGAUCGAGAAGUUAUGGUCUCUACACACAAGGGAAGACUUUGCAGCUCUUCUAAGAAAGAACAAAAUCAUGUAAUUUGCAGCAAUGUGGAUGGAACUAGAGGAUAGUAUCUCACUUUUAACAUGAGUAAUUGUUGUGGAAUGGCUCCCAUCUAUUUAUAAAGCUGGAAAAGAGAAAUGGCUUUAAAAAUUAAAGAGGGCCAGACCGAUAGUACACCAAGUAGGGCGCUUGCCUUACAGGCGGGCUGACUGGAUUCAGUCCCUGGAGUAACUUUUAAGUGCUGUUGGGAUGGCGCCCAAACAAAUAAUAAAAAUUAAGUGAGCUGAGUUCAACUCACAGGGUUUAUCUUGGAUUCAUUAGGGAGUCAAAGCCAGUGUUAAUUAGUUCAUUUUCACAUUUGUUGGAUCAAUUCUGUUUAUCUUUAGUCUUUCAGACUCAAAAAGUAAUCUUUGGGGCUAGGAAUACAAAUAUUUCCAAAACUUAAGGUAUUUGAAAAGUAAGCAUAUUUCUAAAGGAUUGGCUGAUUUAAAUCCCAUGCUAUAUUCAAAACUAACAGGUUAAAUUUAGAGUUUAAUCUCAACCAGUUUAGUUUGGUAUAGAUUUAGGAAAAUGCAUGUUUUAUAGAGAAUCAGCCCAUAGUACUCAUACAUAAAGUUGUUCUUAGUGUCUACUUGAAAGUUGGAGGGCUAGGAACUUUAUAAUAUCUGGAUUUAAGGAAAAAAAAUUAGAAUAACCAUUUCAAAAAGUAAAAUUGUUAUAUGUCUUGAAUAUUUUGUUAUGUUUUCUUAUCAGAACAAAAUGUACAAAUAGUUUCUGUAAGUUCUCUAGCAACCUUAGAGUUAACCAAGGAAUUGUCCAGAUUUCAUAUGCGAUGUGCAUGGUUCUCAUGGUACAAUUGGAAAGAGAUUUAUAAUAAUGCCUUGAAUUUAGCAAAAGGGGUUCUUGGCAACAGAUAUUCUCUAAAACCCACCUUUUGCCUUUUCCCAGUCUGCCUUAAAAAUAAAUAGUCACUCAAAUAGAAGGACUAAAAUGGAUAUGUUUAGGAGUUUACUGGAAUUAUUUUAUUCUACUAUUUUAUUGCUCUGGUUGUAGGGAAAAGCUGCAUUUAAUAGUGAAAUACAUAUUUCUUUAUUUCUUUUUUUACACAGAUUGCAGUGUGUGAGAUUUUUUCUUCCUAGAAGAUAUUUAAGUGUGUUUCAUAUCAGCAACUCAAACAGGUGGCUUAUUAUUCACUGUAGCUUAAAUAACAGGAGAUUUUCACAUUUUUAUCCAGAGGCAUUUCCAAUUUAAUUAUAAAACAACAUUGUAGACAUACAAAUAAAUUACAUUUGGAGGGGCUGGAGUGAUAGCACAGCGGGUAGGGCAUUUGCCUUGCACGCAGCCGACCCGGGUUUGAAUCCCAGCAUCCCAUAUGAUCCUCUCUGAGCACUGCCAGGAGUAGUUCCUGAGUGCAGAGCCAGGAGUAACCCCUGUGCAUCGCUAGGUGUGACCCAAAAAGCAAAAAAAAAAAAAAAAAAAUUACAUUUGGAUUCCCCAAUUCUAAUUUAUUGGUAACCAGUGUGCUCUCAUAUUGUCAACUAUUGAGUCUUGACCUUUUGAGUUAAUUUACAUGCCUAAUAGAAAGUAAUACAUGUUGUAGACAAGUGUCAUCUUAAGUGACUGCUAAUGCCAUUAGUCUCCAAUUCUGUGAAUGAUUGGCUGCCUAAAUAGACAUUAAAAAUGACAGGCUAGCCAUCUGCAGUUCUACAACUCCAACUCACAAGCACUUAUUUAUUGUCAAAGAAAGUGUCUACUUAUCCAAUAGUAGGCUUCUGAGUAUUAUCAUAAAACAUAUUGGCAAAGCAAACUUCUCCAGGUUGAAUGCAAGUUGUAUAGUCCUAGGUGUCAGUUUUAAAUAAUAAUUUUUUUGUUUUGACUUGUUUAUUGUUUUGUUGUUUUAAUAAUAUUUUCAAAUAAGCACAAAGAAUGUUGUGUUCAGAAUAACUUUGGGCAGUGAAUUUUUUUUCUUGUAUUGUGAGUGGUUUUCACUCUCUGCUGUUAUUAAUGGUGUUUUCUAUAUUGAUUAAGACUCGAAAUAAAAUUAUUUCUACUUAUUUUUACAAAUGGACUCUGAUGGUUUUUUGAUCUGUGGGGUCACUUCCUGUGUAUACUCAGGGAUGGUAACAGAAGUAAGCUAAGGCUGCAAUA